GCGAAACAUGGGUUCCGGCAGCUUAAACAGUUCCGGGCAGAACUUCUAUAUUUUUGUUUGGUCCCAGCGGAGACCUUUGAGGGGAAAAAUGUUUUGUGGACCUACUGUAUAUUUGAAGUCGACUUAGAACUAGCAUCGUAAGCAAUGUUCGCAUGGCAACAAAUUUAACAAGACCAAAAUGACAAAACAACAAAUUACAGCACAAGUGUUGAUUAAUUAGGAAUUAAUUAAAGCAUGAGGCGCCACCUUUUGGUGCACUAUUUGAGAUUUUGAAAAGGUUAGACCAGGUUCAUAAUGCAUAGUUAAAUUUUUUAACACAAAAAAAACCCUUUUUCUUUUCUUUUUUUACACAUUUGGACUUUCUUAUGGAACAUUAAUGCCACCACUUCGAUGGGUUGUUAUAUGAAGCGAUAUUGUCGAAAUGGGGCACAUUUGUCAUAAGGUCAGCAUGGUAUUGAUAGGCAGGUGCGCGCAGCGUAAUAGGGCUGCGCGCGCCGUGGGGGUGGGGCGCUUCGUAAGCAUGGUGUCGUCGCCCGCUUCAGCACGCCGGAUAGCGCCCGAGCGCGGAGGAGCCCCCGGCGACCGGAGCGACCCGCGAUGAACGCGGCCGAAGUGGCGUGCGCGGCGUACCUGGCGGCGCUGUCCGCGCUGUCUCUCGCAUCCAACCUGUCGGUGCUGCUCUGCUUCGCCCGCAGCGCCGACAUCCGCCGCCAAGUGGCCGGUGUGUUCACCGUCAACCUGUCCGUGAGCAACGUCCUGACGGCGGCGCUCCACAUGCCCGCCACGGCGGCGGGCGUGGCGCGACGGCGCCAGCCCUUCGGCGAGCGCCCGUGCCGCGCCGUCGGCUUCCUGGAGAUCUUCCUGACGGCCAACGCCACGCUGAGCGCGGCCGCCCUCAGCGUCGACCGCUGGGUCGCGGUGGUCUUUCCGCUGAGCUACUCCAGCAGGAUGCGCCGGCGGGACGCCGCGGCGAUGCUGUGCUACGCCUGGCUGCACUCGUUCACCUUCUCCCUGGCGGCGCUGCUCUUCUCGUGGCUGCGCUACAGCGACGCGUACGCGUCGUGCACCCUCCGGGCGGCGUCAGGCGACUCCCGGUUCGCCGCGUUCACGCUGCUCUUCCACGCCAGCAGCUUCGCCUUGCCGCUCCUCACGCUGUGCGUGGCCUACCUGAAGGUGCUGCGGGUGGCCCGCUUCCACUGCAAGAGGAUCGACGUGAUCACCGUGCAGACCCUCGUCCUGCUCGUCGACGUCCACCCGAGCGUGAAGCGGAGAUGUUUGGCCGAGCAGAAGAGGAGAAAGCAGCGAGCCGCCAAGAAGAUCAGCAUCUUCAUCGGCUCCUUCAUCAUCUGCUUUGCCCCCUUGGUCUUCACAAGGUUGGCCGAGCUUCUUCCUUUUGUGGACGUGGACCGCCGCUGGGGGCUGGUCAGUAAGUGCCUGACGUACAGCAAGGCGGCGUGCGAUCCCUUCGCCUACUGCCUCACGCGGCAGCAGUACAAGAAGGUCCUGGCUGACGUGGCCGACCGGCUGCUCCGCCGCAAGCCGUACCCGUCGUCCGGCCACGACAGCUCUGUGGGCACGGAGAACGAUUUCUGUCUCCAGAGGAUCGGCUGAACAAAGACGUUCUUUGGUUUGGUUUUGAAGUUUCGAACUCCUCGAUAACAUCGAUAUUUGACUUCUAAAGCCGUCAAUGGCAGUGAAUGUGUUUAAGGGCCUGCCAAAAUUAAGUGCCAUACUUUUUUUCACACCCCGAGGAGCGGGGCUUUGCAUGAACGUCUUUCCUCAGCAGUCAGUGUGGCUAGUGGUUUCCCAGAGUGACUAGCCACUCAGCAUUUUAACUAGCCACAAUUUUGUUGUUGGAUUGCAACCCUUUUCAAUGUAAAUGACCCCUGUGCACACCCAGAACGAGACGACAUCAACGUUUUAACGCUACAAGAACCACCACACGUCAGACUUCGGAGUCUGAACAACCACACAGACUUUGGUGAAUCGCUUUUAAACUAAAAACUUGAAUAGGAUAGAAAAAGGAAUUACCCGCAUUUUAGCUUUCCACUUCAGCUGUACAAUCAAUUGAUCCGCCCACAGCAAUAGACAUCAAUCUGCCCGCAUUUGGAUAGUUAGCGGGCGUUAAUGUCAAGCCCCGCCUCGGAGCAUAUCAACUGCUGCUAAUGCUAACUGGAACUUUAUCGGUGAAAAAAAACAUUGAUUGUGAUUGUUUUGUCAAAAUUAAAUGCCAAACCCUUCAUAAUAACACCGUUAGUAGGACAUAAUUGGUUGCUAAUGCUAGAUGCUAAUCCUAAAGCAAUUUACUGGAACUCAGAUAAAAAAGCCGACUCGUUGUACAGUACAGUCGUUGGCUGGCUUUUGAGUCCCCGUUUGCCGACAAGGAUGCUAAAGCUAAACUUCUUGUAAAAACCUUUUCGGGAAGAACUCUUUCUAUGGACGUUUACACGAUGUCGUAUUCUUGGGGUGGACAGUAAACCAUCACCGUGGCCUUCUUGUGAACGUUGUAGAACAGAACAAACUAGUUACGUCUCUAAAUGAUGCAGUGAAAGGUGUGGUAGCUAAUCAGUUGCACUCCGCUGAGUAAGAUACAGUCAAUGCCUAACUAAAGAUAAAGCGCUGUUUGUGACGGUGAAUAGGAAAGUAGUACUUGCUAUUUUUUUACAAGUUGUCAGUGUCCUUGCACUUUUUUUUUUUUAAUCAUCUAUCAUUUUAAGGUAUUGUUGUCAGAUGAGUUUGUCAUGGAAAAAAGUGUUAAAAGUGUUUUGGGGUCAUAGUUUAUAAAGCACUGGUGACCAAGGUCUAGCCCGUGGGCCAUUUGCGGCCCGCUGCAUGUUCAUCGUAAUCAAAUGAAAUGUGAUCUGCAUCAAAUUUUAUUUUUUAAUUGUAAAAUUGUAAUUGUAAAAUAAAUUUCAAUAUUACAAGA